CACCGGUCCGCAGCUGUUAGCUGAUAACGGAUUAGCAUGAAGCUAGGGAACAAGAAUUGCUCUGGUUUUGUUGUUCUGAGUUUGACGUGAAUUGUUCAUCAAACUAGUAGGUUGAUUUGAACAAACUACGAACAGACUACAUUUUGAAGCUGUCUGGCGGACUGACAGAUGCAUUCACCAUGAUGCUGGGCCACGCCGCGCUGCUCGUCGCCCUCUUCCUGCCGCAGGCUGGAAGCUUCCUGAGCCCUGACGAGGAUGAUGGCAUUCCUGAGGAGUGGGUUCUGCUCCACGUGGUCCAGGGUCACAUUGGAGCCGGGAACUACAGCUACCUCCGCCUCAACCAUGACGGACGCAUCAUCCUGCACAUGCAGAGCCUCACAGGUGAUGCAGACCUGUACGUGUCUGACAAAACGCUCCACCCGAACUUUGACACCUACAAGCUGCAGUCGGUGACCUGUGGCCAUGACGUGGUGGUCGUCCCCGGCGACUUCAAGAGGCCCGUGGGGAUCGGCGUCUAUGGCCACCCGUCGUACCAUGAGAGCGAGUUCGAGAUCCGGGUGUUUUACGACCAGACGGUGCCGCAGGACCCGUUCGAAAAGGGGUCGGACGGACAAAAUUAUAAGAAACCCCCCCAGGGAGCGGAUAACUUUCAAGAGGAGGAAUCAAUCUUUUGGACUAUACUGAUCGGCCUUCUAAAGAUUAUACUUGAAAUUUUGUUUUGAAGUUUGUUGCCGCUAUGAUGCUGGGAGACAGAUUGGCAUUUGACUUGGUCAGCACUGAAAAUAAAAUGUCUACUAUGAUAUCCUCCAGAGCUAAUGCCUUUUUAAAUUGCAGUCAAACAUACAGAAAUAACCAGGUAGUGGAUAAAUUCACUGGGAACUUUGCUUUGGGCGCACCGAGUUCAGGUGUCUGGCUGAUCUGCCAAUUCCAAGUUUGGUUGGUACUGAUUUAUUUUUUUGUCUGAAAUGUAAUUGAAUAUAGCAAGAAAGUUGCUAGGGUGACUAUUGCGAACUGUGAACAUGCAGAUAUGAACAGUGGGCGGGGCUGACAGUCAAACCUCUCUCCAAAACGAGGACAGUAGUUGAUUUUUGGUGGAUAAGAUCAGCCGAUCACCAAUCUCCCAAAAUUUAGGAAACUUGCGCCGAUUAACUGACUGUUUGAUUUAUCGGUGCACACCUAGUGAUGUCUGACACACGUCAAACUCUGAUCGAUCGCUGUCACUUCACACUUUGCUUUGGUACGACGGAGCGUUAGGGCCAGACUGGGAGAAUUUGGUUUUCAGAAAUUAUGAGGAAAAAAAGGGAUAUCAGAAUAAAGCAGUAAUAAUACCAGAAUAAAGUAAUAGUUUUAUGAGAAAUCCUACAGGAAAAAAAAUUACCACUGUGUUGAGCAUUUUGUGAAGUUGUAAAAAUAAGGAAAUCAAUUUAUUAUCAGUAGCAGGACUUUAAAACAACCGUCUAUCAAAAAAAAAAAAAAAUCGCAAAAGUUUGCUUUUUUCUCAUAAAAACUUUUUUCUUGUAAUUUUACCUCUUUAUUUUGCUGAAAUUACUUUAUUUUCAUAAUUUACAAAAAUAACCUCAGUCUGUCCCUUGUACUCUGUCACACUUUGUCUUCUGGGGAGAGUGAAAUGUUUUCAUCCGUUACCUCCUGGAAAUCUGACUGCAGUCCACGUGGGCUGGGAUUUAAAAUUUAAAACAAAACAUGGAGUAUGAACUAAUUUUACAACAUACUGACAGUUUGCAACAGCAGGUGAAGGUCGGGCAGAACUGCUUAAGCCAGGUGUGUCCAAAGUGUGGGUCGGGGGCCAUUUGUGGCUCUUCAACUGAGUUUUUUCUGGCCAUCAACUGUAGUUGAUAUACAUUUAUUAAACUUUAUUUUUAAUCAGGGUAAAAUUAUUAAUGUCUCCUCAGAGACUUGCACUAAAAAACUGACUUUACUGCACUCAAAUCAACUUUUUUAAAAUUUAAUUUAUUAAACUUGGAUAAAUAUAGCAAGACUUUUGAAAGGAAUUUACCCAAAUCUUGUUUUUGUAACAGAGGAUAAAUUUACAUCUAGAAAACUGGAUACUUUUCAGUUACAGUAAAAAAGCAAAAUCCUUCUUGUGUUUUUGAUCUAUGACAAAUAACAACCCUUACCUA